AUGAACGAGAGUGACGCAAGAGAACGUAUUAGACAGAUGAUCUCCUUCGUCCAAGAAGAAGCCAAAGAAAAAGCCAGAGAGAUUGAAAGCAAAACUGAGCACGAGUACAACCUAGCCAAAGCUAAACAUCUCCACAACGCCAAAGAAAAACUCACAGCUGAGUACGAAAAGAAGUGGAAACAGCUAGAAGUUAAGAAAAGAAUCAGCAAGAGUACAGCAAUUAACGCAGCCCGUAUGGAAAUUAUGACAACCAGAAACAACUGCAUGAACCAGCUCCUUGAGGAUACAAAACAUUCUAUCCUUCGAAAUAUCGCGAGCAACCCAAAUCAGUAUAAGGAUUUCUUGAAAAGAUUACUUGUUCAGAGCUUUAUAAAAAUGCUUGAAGCUGAAAUCACACUUCAGUGCCGUCGUGAAGAUUUAGCUUUAGUUGAACAAAUUCUCCCUGAGUCAAUUUCUACUUAUUUGGAUAUGAUUAAUAGCCAGACAUCUGGACAUUACAGCUUGAAUGUGACUAUUGAUAAAAACAAUUUCUUGCCACCUGCGCCUGUAGCUGAUUCGCAUGCAGCAAGCUGCUGUGGAGGAGUUAUUCUUACAUCUCAGGGAGGGCUGAUUAGAUGCAUCAAUACAGUUGAUGAAAGACUUGAGCUUGCUUUCAACAAUACCGUCCCACUGCUUAGAAGGAUAGUCUUUGGUAAUUAA